GACUGCAGACAUAGUACAGGAGAUGACCAAGAGACUGCGGACACAGUACAGGAGAUUACCAGAGACAGCGGACAAAGUACAGGAGUUGACCAGAGACUGCGGACACAGUACAGGAGAUUACCAGAGACAGCGGACAAAGUACACAGGAGAUGACCAGAGACUGCGGACACAGUACAGGAGAUUACCAGAGACAGCGGACAAAGUACAGGAGAUGACCAGAGACUGCCUACAUAGUACAGGGGAUGACCAGAGACUGCGGACAUAGUACAGGAGAUGACCAGAGACUGCGGACAUAGUACAGGAGAUGACCAGAGACUGUGGACACAGUAACAGAUGACCAGAGACAGCGACACAGUACAGGAUUUGACCAGAGACUGCGUACAUAGUACAGGAGAUGACCAGAGACUGCGGACACAGUACAGGAGAUGACCAGAGACUGCAGACAUAGUAAAGGAGAUGACCAGAGACUGCAGAAAUAGUACAGGAGAUGACCA